UUCAAUGGCUGAUUUUUUUUUUUUUUAGAUUGUAUCUUUUAGUUUUUAAAAAUUUUUAUUAUACUUCAACUGAAAGUUUACAAUUCAAGUCAGUUUCUCAUGCCAAAAUUCGGACACGCGUUGUUAUGUGACCCUAGUUGCUCUCCCUACAAUGUGACAGCACGCUUCUUUUCUCCACCCUGUAUUUCCCAUGCCCAUUCAACCAGCUGCUGUCCCCCUCUGCCUUCUCAUCUCGGCUCCAGACAGGAGCUGCCCACAUGGUCUCAUGUGUCUACUUGAGCUAAGAAGCACACACCUCACUGGUAUCAUUUUAUGUCUUAUAGUCCAGUCUAAUCUUUGUCUGAAGAGUUGGCUUCAGGAAUGGUUUUAGUUUUGGGCUAACAGUCUGGGGACCAUGACCUCUGGGGUCCCUCCAGUCUCAGUCAGCCCAUUAAGUCUGGUUUUUUUAGUAGAAUUUGAGGUCUGCAUCCCACUUUCCUCCUGCUCCAUCAGGAAUUCUCUGUUGUGUUCCCGGUCAGGGCAGUCAUUGGUGGUAGCCAGGCACCAUCUAGUUCUUCUGGUCUCAGGCUGUUGGAGUCUCUGGCUUAUGUGGCUGCUUCUGUCUCUUGGGCUCCUAUUUUCCUUGUGUCUUUGGUGUUCUUCAUUCUCUUUAGCUUCAGGUGGGUUAAGACCAAUUGAUGCAUCUUAGAUAGCCAUUUGCUAGCAAAAAGACCCCAGACGCCACUCACCAAAGUGAAAUGCAGAACAUUUCCUUAAUAUACUUUGUUGUGCCAGUUGACUUAGAUUUCCCCUGAAGCCGUGGUCCCCAGACCCCUGCCCCUGCUACUCUGUCCCUUGAAGUGCUCGGUUGUAUUUAGGAAACUCCUUAUCUUUUGGUUUAGUCCAGUUGGGCUGACUUCCCCUGUAUUAUGUGUUGUCCUUCCCUUCACGUAAAAUAAUUUUUGUCUCCUGUCUAAUUCGUUAAUAGGCCUUUCCUCCCUCCCCACCUUCGUAACCAUCAAAGAAUGCUUUCUUCUGUGUUUAAACCUUUUCUUGAGUUCUUAUAAUAGUGGUCUCAUACAAUAUUUGUCCUUUUGCGUCUAAUUUCACUCAGCAUAAUGCCUUCCAGAUUCCUCCAUGUUAUGACAUGUUUCAUGGAUUCAUCGCUGCUCUUCAUCGAUGUGUAGUAUUCCAUUGUGUGAAUAUACCAUAAUUUGUUUAUCCAUUCAUCCGUUGAUGGGCACCUUGGUUGUUUCCAUCUUUUUGCUAUUUUAAAUAGUGCUGGAGUGAACAUGGGUGUGCAUAUAUCUAUUCGUGUGAUGGCUCUUAUUUCUCUAGGAUAUAUUCCAAGGAGUGGGAUUGCUGGAUCGUAUGGUAGUUCUAUUUCUAGCUUUUUAAGGAAGAGCCAAAUCGAUUUCUGAAGUGGUUCUACUGUUUUACAUUCCCACAGCAGCAUUGUAUGAGUGUUCCAGUCUCUCUACAACCUCUCCAACGUUUGUUAUUUUGUGUUUUUUGGAUUAAUGCCAGGCUCGUUGGGGCGAGAUGGUAUCUCAUUGUAGUUUUGAUUUGCAUUUCUCUAAUGGCUAAUGAUCAUGAGCAUUCCUCAUGUAUCUGUUAGCUGCGUGAACGCCUUCUUUGGUGAAGUGCCUGUUCAUAUCUUUGUCCAUUUUAAAUUCGGUUAGUUGUCUUUUUGUUGUUGAGGUUUUUCAGUGUCUUGUAGAUUUUAGAGGUUAGAUGCUGAAUGGCUUUAUCAUAGCUGGAAUUUUUUCCCAGCCUGUAGGUAGUCUUUUUACUCUUUUGGUGAAGCCUUUGGAUGACCAUAAGUGUUUGAUCUUUAGGAGCUCCAGUUACCUAGUUUCUCUUCUGAUGUUUGUGCAUUGUUUGUAAUGUUUUGUAUACUGUUUAUGCCAGGUAUUAGGGCUCCUCACAUUGUCCUUAUUUUUUCUUCCGUUAUCUUUAUUGUUUUAGAUUUUAUAUUUAGGUCUUUGAUCCUAAAUGGAUGAUUUUUCAGAAGAAGAUUACCGGGUCUUUCCUCUGAGGUGCCUCUGGGUGUAUGCCAACCUCCAGCCUUUCAGUUAGCUGCUGAAAGCAUUAACUGUUUGUACCACCCAGGCAGCAGCUAUAGGCUUAUAGGAUGCUCACGUAGUCUAGGCUGAAGAACUGAAAGGUUGCACCGGAUGGAGAGAAUAGGGCGAGGCCUCUGAAAACAGGUAGCCCUGGCUUCGAAUCCCAUUUCUGCCAUUUAUUGGCUGUGACCCUAGGCAAACCUCGCAAAUUCUCUUUGAUUUCUCAUCCAUCCAACAGUUCACUUUGCAGAGUUGUUUUACUGGUUCAGGAUAAUGUAUGUAAAAGUACCUGGCACAUAGGCACUCGAUAAAAGGUUGUUUAUUGUAAUUCAGCAGUACCCGUUGAUUUGAUUGGACAGAGAUUUUAUUAAUUUGUUUUUUUUUUUUUUUUAUUCACUGGCUCUUAAUUGCACUGUGAGUAAUUGAAAUUGCCAGAUAUAAAAUUUCUAUAAACUCUACUUUUAUUGCUUUUAAUGUGUCAGUUUAUAUUUUAGGUUUGUCAAAGGACUUUCAAAUCUAUUCAUGUCUUUCAGGGUGAAGCUAAAAUUAGUUUUUGUUCUUAGUCAUCUGUACUCAUUUCCUAUUCAAAAUUAUGUGGGCUUAAUUUUAUCCAUAUUCUGUGACUUAGUCUGUUUCAAAUCUUGGCUUUUAAUUUAUAAUUUAUUAUUUUUUUAUACUUCAGGAAAUGUAUUUCCCAUAUAAUUGGAGCUAUCACCUCAUUGUUGACUUACACCUUUUUUUUUUUUUUCAAUGUUAUGUUGUAAUUUUCUGUGAUGGCCCCACUGAGUUUAUGAUCUGGUUUUUUUGGGUCAUGUUAGAUACUUUCUGGAAUUUUCCUUGAAGUGACUAGCACAGAUCCAAGAGACUUAAAAUGUGCAAUUGAUAAUUGAUAUUAAGUGAAGUAAGUUAUUUCUGCAGGAGAAGGAUAUGGCAGUCUGCUUCAGUAAAGAUUACAGCCUAGGAAACCUUAUGGGGCAGUUCUACUCUGUCCUGUAGGGUUGCAGUGAGCCUGAAUCAACUCGACGGCAAUGGGUAAGAUACUAUUUCUGUUUUUGCUAAGAUGGAAAAGUACCUUAAAGUAACAUAAAAAUUGCAGGCAUAAAGUAUGUUCAGAUAAAAUUAACCAUGGUAUGCAUAGGAAAAAAUAGUUUUAAAUGGGAGAAAUGUUUAUUAAAUUGAAUUUGUUUUAUCUUUUAAAAAUUAAAAUUUAAGGGUUUAAUAUUAUGACAUACUCAUUUUAUCACAUUUGUAAAAUAAAGAAAAAAUGUAAUAGUGAAAAUCAUCUGUAAUUUUCACCUAGAGAAAACUUAAAAUUUUGAGGUCAUUUUUAAAAUAUUUUUUAAUCAAUAUAAACACUUUUUUUUAAGGCUGUAGAUGUUUUAUUUUUGUUUUUGCUUUCAAUGUAUCAUAAGAGUUUCCCUAUGCCAUUCAAUAUUCUUUUUUAAAAAAACCCAUUGCCAUCGAGUCGAUUCCAAUUUAUAGCAACCCUUUAGUACAGAGUAGAACUGCACUGUAGGGUUUCCAAGGAGUAGCUGGUGGGUUUGAACAGCUGACCUUUUGGUUAGCAGCCAUAGCACUUAACCACUGGGCCACCAGGGCUCCAUCCUUUUAAAAGAUUAUUUUUAUUGGCUGAAUGGCAUUCAGUGUAUCCAAAUAUUGUAAUUUAAUCAAGUUCCUAUUGUGGAGUAUUUAGAUUGUGAGCAGUUUUUUAUUGUUAUAAACAACAGCGUGAUAAAUAAUCCGUGUACAUGGAUCUUUGUAUACAUUGGUAAUUUUUUUUUAACAAAUUCCUCGAAGCAAUCAUGCAAAGUUGCCUUAUAGAAAAGUUGUGCCGGUGUAUAUUCUCAUUAGAAAUGCAUAAGUGCCCAUUUCCUUCCCUCAAUCACUGUUUCCUUACCUAGCCUGUUAGUUUGAGAGACAAUAGGCAUAAUUGAGCUAAGAAGCCAUUCUGUAGAGUUAGUGAGACUGAGUUUAGCUCCUUUUCUACCAUAUACUGGCUAUGUGAUCUUGGUCAAGUUUCUUACUAAUUUCCCUAAGCCUCACUUCCUAAGAUGUGGCAGUCUGCUCCCGUAAGCCUCAGUUUCUUUAUCUGUAAAAUGGUGAUAAUGGAGCCCUGGUGGCACAGUGGUGAAGAGCUACAGCUGGUAACCAAAAGGUUGACAGUUUGAAUCCACCAGCCAUUCCUUGGAAGCCCUAAGGGGCCGUUCUGUCCUGUCCUGUAGGGUCACUAUGAGUUGGAACCUACUCAAUGGCAACAAGUUUUUAUCAUGGUGAUAUUGUGGUUGUGGGUAUUGUAUAUUGAAGUCUUUGAGAAAUGUAGUUAUCAUUAUUUAUUAUGAAUGCUAUUUCUCCUCAUUAUGCACUAUACUUUAUAUCUGGUAAACCAAAAUCAAAGAAGCCUUGGUGGCGCAGUGAUUAAGCGCUCAGCGCUACCUGAAAGGUCGGCAGUUCCAACCUACCAGAAGCUCCAGAGGAGAAAGAUUUGGCAGUCUGCUUCCAUAAAAGAUUUACAGCCUUGGAAGCCCUAUGAGGCAGUUCUCUGUCCUGUAGGGUCUCUGUGAGUCAGAAUCUACUUGAUAGCAAUGGGUUUGGUUUGGCUGUAAACCAAAACCAAACGCUUUGCCAUUGAGUUGACUCUUACUCAUGGCAACCUUGUGUGUUACAGAGUAGAGCUGCUCCAUAGGGUUUUCUUGGCUGUAAUCUUUACAAAUAGGGUUUUCUUAGCUGUAAUCUUUAUGAAAUCAGAUCACCAGGCCUUUCUGCCUUUGAGUGGGUUUGAACUGCCAGCCUUCAGGUUAGUAAUCAAGUGCAAACCAUUUGCACCCCCCAGGGACUUUUUUUUUUUUACCUAGUAGUGCCUGGUAUACAGUAAAGUUACUCAUUUUUAUAUAACCAUCUGAUUACUGAACUCUUUUAUGUAUUAUUAGAUAAACUGUAAGACUUAGUUCCAAUAUUUUUCAGCUGAGUCUCUUGGUUUUCAGGACAUAUAAAAUAUAACGUCAAAAUUUUUUCAAUAUUUCAAUCAGAUAUAUUUUUUUUUCUUAUUGCUUUGGGUGAAAUUAGAGAAUAGUAUUGAAUAAUGGCAGGCACUGAGGACUUAAUUCUAGUUUUGAUGGGACUUCCUUUUUGUUAUUUCACUUUAAAAAAAUGAUGAUGGCUGUUGUUUUCUAACACAUGUUUAUGUACUUACAUUCACAUGUUCCUGCAAAUAUGCCUAAAAUGUAAAUGUGAGAAGCUUGAAAAUAGACUUAUAUGUUAUGGAAGAAUUUCCUCAAGUUAUUAAAUCUUUAUAUUUUAGAUGCAUCUUCAACAGUGUAUUUUCAGGGUUUGAGACAUGGUCUUUCCUUUAUUAAUUGAACACACGGUUGAUCAACUUAAAUCCAGCAAGAUAAAAAUUUUACUGCUUUUAACCCAACCUAAUGAGUCUUUGUCUCAGUUGUAUAAAGGUUAAUACCUACUCCUCUUUUCACUACUAUCCACAGUUAUGUCAUAUUUAUAAAAUAUGGAUAAAAGUGAAAUAGUUGGUAUCCCUUGAAACAAAACCUUUAUUUAAAUAAAGUCUUAGAGUCAGGGAGUUCUCUAUGCCCUCCUGACUCAGGCAUCUUUGCAGAGCACCGAAAAACACUGUCUCAAAAAAAAAAUUUUUUUUUUUCAAAUAAUUAUGCAAAUUCCCAAAUGGUAGUGCUACUGAAACCCAACUUUUUAGAAGCUGGCAGGCAAACAACAUUGUGGUAUUUAUUCUUUUUUGUGCCUCUAACACAUAGCAACCUUAUGUAUAACAGGACAGAGUAUUGCCUGGUCCUGCAGUUUCCUCACAGUGGUUGGUAUAUUUGAGCCCAUCGUUGCAGCCCCUGUGUCAGUCCAUCUUACUGAAGGUCUCCCCUUUUUUGCUUAGCCUAUACUUCACUAAGCAUGAUGUCUUUCUCCAGUAAUUGGUCCCUCCUGAUGCCAUCCCAAAGUAACUGAGACAAAGCCCUUGCUUCUAAAGAGUAUUCUGGCUGUACUUCCUCCAAGGCAGAUUUGUUUGUUCUUCUACGAGUUCAUGGCAUAUUUAAUGUUCUUUGCCAAAACCACAAUUCAAAUGCUGUCAGUUCUCCUGUCUUCCUUUUUCAUUGUCUAGCUUAUCGUAUGCACAUGAGGUGGCUGAAAAUACCAGAGUAUGGUAGUCACAAAGCUAGGCAGUGUCUUUCUAUCCUUAGUUUACUGAAAUUUCAGCCCUUAACUCUCUUCUUUUUUCUACACUUUUCCAAAGUGAGCCCAUCCAAUACUAUAUGCUGACAGCUACCAAACUUAUAUCUCCAAUCCUGACUUGUCUCUUAUGUACAGCUGCCUCAUGGACAUCUCCACUUGGAUAACUAUUGGUAUCUGAAACUAAAAAUAGCUAAAACUGAAUUUUUAUCCCUCCAAAUCUGUCCCUUUCCAAGUCUUCCGUACUCGAUAAGUGUUACUACCUUCUCCUUAGCUGCUCAAACCAAGAAUCUAGAGUUUCUUGAUUCCUCCUGUCCCUGUCUCAUCUUCCACACCCAGUCCAGCAGCAAGAGCCUUAAUAAAUGUAAUGAGUUGAAUUAACAAGAGUUGUUCAAUAUUAGAAAUUCUGUUUUUAUAGAACAAAACCUACCUGGAUAAUAUGUAUUAUUAUUAUUUUAAUAGUCUACAUGAUUUACUUAUAUUCAGUACUUUUACAUAUAAGAUUAAUCUAUACAUACUAUUUGGUAAGUUUUGAUGUCAUCGUUAGUGGCUUUUGUCAACAGAGUUACGCUAGCCUCAUAAACCAGAUAGAAUGCCUUCCAGCUUCUUCAGUGUCCGAGGACAAUUUGAGUAACGUAGGAGUUGUUGAGUGCUUUGAGGUUUUGCUAGCACACGACCAUAGAACCCAUGGGUACAGCAUCUUUUGUUGGAAGAAAUAGAGAGUAUACAUCUUUAACAAAUUUUUUAUUUCUUCCAUGGCUAUUCAUGCUUGUAACCUCUUUUUAAGUCAGUUUUGAUUAUGUUCUUAAUUUAUUGACAUAGAGAUUUAUGCAGAAAUAUUACAUUUAAAGAAUUUCUUGCAUGUUUUUAAACAUUACAUUUAUGUUGUAUUUAUUUGUAGAGUUUCCCAAAUCCUUGGUCCCACUUUUAAGAGGUUGGUUGGUUGAUUGGUUAAUUGGUUAUUCAUUUAUUUAGAACCAAUUCUCCAUUUUAUUAGCCAGUUCUACCUUUUUUUCUUCUCUUUUGUUGGCUUCCUAAUUUAGUUAUUUCUGCUUUUAAUGCUGUUUUUUUGUCCAUCCAUAUUUUGGUUCAUGUUGCUUAUUUUCAGCCUCCCGAUUUAAAAGGUUCAAUUUCCUUAUUUCUUAUUUUCUAUCAGAUGCGUUUGUGCUGUCAGUUUUCUUUGAGCGUCGGUUUGGCUGCCUCCUGUAAGUGUAAUUUCACUGUCAUCCAUUUGUAAUUUAAAAACUUCUUUUCUUUUACUACAGCUAUUUGGAAGAGAGUUUUAAUUUACCAAUAAAUAAAAUUGAGUGUUUUGGGAGUUUUUGUUUGUUUUGUUUUGGUUGUCCACCUGCAGCGACCUUCUCGUUUUUGUGUGUUACACUCAGUGCGUCUCUGCUCUCUAGUGUCAACGUCCAGCACAGGUGUCUGUGUCUCAGCUUUGAAGUCGAGCAGCCGGUAGUAAAGGUGUCAGGAAUACGGAGCACUUUGUAUUCAGGAAUACAGAAAAAACAGCAAAGUGGAGUCAGGUACACGGAACAGCUUCAUGGGCUUGAAGGAUCAUAUGAGGCAUGACCUAGGCCACCUUUACGUGGAGACCACGGACCCACAUUUAAGUGCAGCUGUACCUUGGCCAAUGGUAGAGAAACCAACAAUGGAUAAAGCUAGUUCGGGGAAGGAAGAUACGGAAAAAGAGGUGCCUGAAGAGAACGCAAGCUCUGGUGACUCGGAAGAAAGCGCAAAUUCUGAUAAUGAGUCAGAACAGUUGAGUAGCAUUUCCGUAGAGCCGUGCUUAUUAACUAAGACUCACCGACAACUCUGUAGGUCUCCCUGUUUAGAGCCCCACCUACUCAAACGCAGUGAAAUUUUGCAAGACUUUAAAACCGAAGAGUCCCAGACUACAUCCAAGGAAGCAAAGAAACCCCCCGAUGUGGUACGAGAAUACCAAACAAAACUGGAGUUUGCACUUAAGUUAGGUUAUUCUGAAGAACAGGUUCAGCUUGUGCUAAACAAGCUCGGUACUGAUGCUUUAAUCAAUGAUAUAUUGGGAGAACUUGUCAAACUUGGAAAUAAAAGUGAGACUGAUCAAACAGUUAGCACAAUUAACAGUAUAAUGCGGGAAACUUCUUCCCUGGAAUCUCAGAGGUCUGAAUCUCCAAUGCAAGAGAUCGUAACAGAUGAUGGUGAAAAUCUGAGACCCGUAGUUAUCGAUGGCAGCAAUGUAGCAAUGAGCCAUGGAAACAAAGAAAUAUUUUCCUGCCGUGGAAUAAAAUUGGCAGUAGAUUGGUUUUUGGAAAGAGGCCACAAAGAUAUUACAGUUUUUGUUCCUGCAUGGAGGAAAGAGCAAUCCCGACCUGAUGCCCUCAUUACAGAUCAAGAAAUUUUACGUAAAUUAGAGAAGGAGAAAAUCCUGGUGUUUACGCCAUCCCGACGUGUGCAGGGGAGGCGAGUGGUGUGCUAUGACGACAGGUUCAUCGUGAAGCUGGCUUUCGAGUCGGAUGGCAUAAUUGUGUCCAACGACAACUACAGGGACCUGGCUAAUGAAAAGCCAGAGUGGAAGAAGUUCAUUGAUGAGCGGUUACUAAUGUAUUCAUUUGUCAAUGACAAGUUCAUGCCCCCCGAUGACCCUCUUGGCAGACAUGGCCCAAGCCUGGAUAAUUUCCUGAGGAAGAAACCUAUUGUUCCUGAACACAAAAAGCAGCCUUGUCCAUAUGGAAAGAAGUGUACCUAUGGACACAAGUGCAAAUACUACCAUCCCGAAAGGGGCAGUCAGCCUCAGCGGUCAGUGGCUGAUGAACUUCGUGCCAUGUCUAGGAACACAGCCACCAAAACUGCCAAUGAAGGAGGACUGGUGAAGAGCAACAGUGUCCCUUGUAGCACUAAGGCUGAUAGCACUUCCGAUGCCAAACGAGGUGCUCCGAAGAGGCAGUCAGAUCCAAGCAUAAGGACUCAGGUCUACCAAGACCUAGAGGAAAAGCUUCCCACCAAAAACAAAUUGGAAACCAGGUCUGUACCUUCCUUAGUUAGUAUACCGGCUACUUCUACUGCAAAACCCCAAAGCACUACAUCUGUAAGCAAUGGCCUUCCAUCUGGAGUUCACUUUCCACCUCAGGAUCAAAGACCACAGGGACAAUAUCCUCCAAUGAUGAUGGCAACCAAAAAUCAUGGACUGUCAAUGCCUUAUGAACAGUACCCAAAAUGUGACUCCCCUGUUGACAUUGGAUAUUAUUCCAUGUUGAAUGCAUAUUCAAAUCUGAGCAUCUCGGGUCCACGAAGUCCUGAAAGGCGUUUCUCCUUAGACACCGAUUAUAGAAUAAGCUCUGUAGCUUCAGACUGCAGCAGUGAAGGGAGCAUGAGCUGUGGGAGCAGCGACUCCUAUGUGGGGUACAACGACCGCUCCUACGUCAGUUCUCCCGACCCACAACUAGAAGAGAAUUUGAAGUGUCAACACCUGCACCCUCACAGCCGCCUUAAUUCCCAGCCCUUCCUGCAGAAUUUCCAUGACCCCUUAACCAGAGUGCAAAGUUACAGUCAUGAAGAACCAAAGUACCAUCACAAGCCUCCUCUUCCACACUUGGCUGUGCAUCUGCAGCACCCAGCUGUGGGUGCUCGGUCCAGUUGCCCCGGAGAUUACCCCUCUCCUCCAAGCUCAGCGCACUCUAAGGCAGCACACCUGGGGAGGUCCUUAGUGGCCACAAGAAUAGACAGCAUUUCCGAUUCUCGGCUCUAUGACAGUUCACCUUCAAGACAAAGAAAACCUUAUUCCCGCCAGGAAGGGCUGGGAAGUUGGGAUAGGCAGAGUUACGGGAUCGAUGCAUAUGGCUAUCGGCAGACUUACUCCUUGCCGGACAACUCCACACAGCCAUGCUAUGAGCAGUUCACCUUCCAGAGCCUACCUGAACAGCCAGAACCUACCUGGCGAAUACCAUACUGUGGAAUGCCACAAGAACCCCCAAGGUAUCAAGACAACCGGGAAAAAAUUUUUAUCAACUUGUGCAACAUCUUCCCACCUGACCUUGUGAGAAUUGUCAUGAAAAGGAAUCCUCACAUGACAGAUGCCCAACAGCUAGCUGCAGCCAUUUUGGUGGAGAAAUCACAGCUGGGUUAUUGAAAGAUGAUGCAUCUUUGUGGUGUUUAGUAGUUUUUUGUUCAGCUCAAAUGCUGAGGGAGGUUUGCUACAAUAGCACACGUGAUCUCCUUCUCAGCAAGGAGGUUAUAUAGUAUCCAUUUAUGUGAAAUACUGUAUCAUGGAAUCUGUACGUAUAGCCCCACAUGGUGGAAGUAUCACGGGAUUGCUUUACAUUCAAACAUUUUUUAACAUUUCCUUUUUAAAGCUAUAUCCUUGGCUGGAAAUUUUUCCAGUUUGAUUUAAUAGAUGUAUCUGUGAUCUUUGAUAUUAAUCUUCGGUGCAUCAGGGGUUUAUAUGCAGCACUUUUUAUCCUUGUUUCAUGUUUUAUUAUUACCUUGGUGUUUGUCAAUUGCAAGCAAUUACAAUACCUACAGAAUGUUGAACAUUUGACUAGACCUAGCAAACUAUUUUUUCAAGCCAAGCUUAAUUAGAGUCUUUUACAGCUUUUUAAGUUAUUUUUAUUUGGGGAAAGUGGGCUUCUUUCUGCUAGAAUCAUUAUUUAUAGAAACAAAGAUAUACUACAGCACUGACUUUAUAUUUUAAACAAGAUGUAAGUUACCAGUUUAUGUCGAAAUGGGUAACAGUAUAUAUUAGAAUGAUUUGCAAGAUGGCACUUUUUAUUGUUUUUUUGUUUGAAUUUUUUUAAUGUUAAGUAGUUAAUUUAAUAUGGUUGGUAAAGGAAAGCAGAUGCAAUCAAUGGAAAAAAUUUUCCAUUUUUUAAUAUGAAUAAGUCAGAAGCCGUAACUGUUACAGUUAGAGCUGGGGUAUCCAGCUAUUAUGUGCUUCUAGACAGUAGAAAUGGAAUUGAAUUCCUAGAUUUUCACUAAUUUGUUUUUUUAAUGUGUCUGUCUUUUUGUUUGGGGGCACAACAAUACUGGAUAAAAUAACUCUUUCACAGUACUUGCCUGUCUUUGAUGAAUCUAAUUAUUCUCAAUGCAACUUUUAUAUUUCAUAUACUCUUCAGCUUUCCUGCUGUCUGUCAAGGCUGGCCUGCGGCGGUUUAUGUGGUGAGGGUAUGCAACGUUUAUUGAUACUGCACUAUACAAAUGGUGAUGGAGGGGGUUGUAAAUGGUAACUUAAAUUUUUUGUAAGAUACUGUAUAUUUUCCAUUUUCCUGAAGGUAGUUUUUUUUUUUUUGGGGGGGGGGUGCUGUUGUAUUAUUAAGGCCAGAUUCUUGCCACAAAUAGUGUAGUUUUAGGUAACAGACUAAAGCCUGUUCUAGUAUUAGUAAGGGAUAUUUCUGGUUCAAAGUCAUGGGUUUUGCUAGAUGCAAAUAUAUUUCUGUGGAUUAGAAGAUAGAUCUUUGCAAUCAGUGGCAGAGAGUAGUGUGGUUGACAGAAUUUGGACUGUUGCCUCCAGUUUUUAAUUUUACUUAGUGUAACAGCCUCAUUCAGAUCGGUUUCUGUAGUCAGCCAAGAUGCCCUGGUUAUUCUGAUUUUUCUACUUGCUACAGUUUGAAGCCCUGAAAAGCCAGAAAGUACCUUUUACUGUUGAUACAAAUUGUAUCUUUUUAACUAUAAGAACUAUUUUGAUUUGUAGAUCUAGUUAAAACACAAAUGUGUAACUAUGAUUAGACUUUUGGGCAACAUUUUAUCCCUUAUUUAAAUAUAAAUUUUUACAGUAAAAUUGAGGUCUAGACUAGGGUAGAAAAUAAAAGUAACAAUUUAGGUAAAUAAAAAGCGUCUGUCUUAGUUUUAUAUACUAUAUUAAAAUAUAUUAAAUAAAUUUAUUGGCAUUUUAUUUCUCCUAAAACUUAUCUAGUGUGAACUUAAAAUAAAGGUAAAAUGCUGCCUGAAAAUAAUGUCCAAGCACCUUUGACUAGGAUAACAUUUUCACUACUUGUGUGACACUGUGUGUUGCAUGAAGUAGGAUUUGGGUAUACAGUAAAUGCUUCUAAAAGGCAUUGUGCAUAUUGACAUAUCCAAUAAUCUGAACCGUGUUCAGCAAACUUAAUUCAGGAAAGUGGUGUUCUACACAAUUAUUGCUGUUGUUUUUGCAGUGAGUACGGCGCUCCUCUGUACCCAGAAGUAGUACAGGUGAUGCCACACAAACCAUUCAGCGUGGGCGUCUGUCUGAGAGCGGCCCUACUCCCUCGUGAAACUUGUUGUCCUUGAUUUUGUUGGUCACUACCUGUAGAACAAGUUUAAACGUAGAGGCUAAACCAGUGCCAAAAGUAGGAUUACAGAUGUGUAGUAACUGUUAUUUUAGUCAUAUUCUAAGAAUUUUUUUUUUAGUGUGAACUCACGCUUUUAAAUUGUACAUGGUAGCUUUUGCUUCCAAUUGCUUUAUUUUAGCAUUAUUUGACAAAUCUGCUAAACUUGACUGAAGUCUUUAUUUAAAUGAAGUCUUAGGUGAAUGUAUAUCACACUUUUAAUUUGGCCUCCCAGUGUUUUUAGCUGACCGAGUAUAUGUAAGUUGCUUCAUUGUUGUUUGAACCAUGGAGAAAUAGUGUAGUCUGUCACCACCUGUAGUGAAGUGAAUAGCUCUGAACGACAUAUACUGAAACCCUUCGGGAACAAUUAAUUUUGAGUUAAGAAAUUGCAGCUUUCAUAUGUCGAGGACAAUUGUCCCUUUAUCGUAUGUCGAGCACUAAUGUUGCUUUCAGAGCUUAAGAAUGAGAUAUUGGCAGAUUUUAGGUACAGCAAAUUCAUUAUCCAAAGCAAUAAGUAAAAGGAGUCAGUCCAUCGUUAAAUUAUAUCCACAACUGAUCCCAAACCUUCGUUUUAGCUAAAACUUUCUUCCUAAUCCAAUCUUUUUACCAGACUUGCUAAUAAGUAACCAGAGAGAGGUUUGUUAGUAAGUACUGAAAUCGAAAUCACCGGAAGUGGUCAACUGAUAGAAGAAAAAGGACUCAGAUUUGAAUAUUCUACCCCUGAAUAAUUGACAGUUGACUGUACGUUACACAGCAAUUAGCCAGUUCAUCGUCUCUGUGUCUUAGUACAGAGGGAAUCGUACUCAACUGGCCAAAUACUGGCCCUUAGUAGUUCCUCCUUUCUUGCAUGUGAUACAUAAAUUUUUGAUCUCAUUUUUAUGAUCUCUAUAUCCUAUCCUGAUAGAGUUUGUCAUUGACCUAAACAUUUAAAAGUAAUGCACACCAGUAUAAGAAGAUUUGGUGGAAACUUGAACUUUGUGUUUUUUAUAAAAAUUCAUUUAUGAGAAUAUAUAAUAUAAAAGUGUUUUAUAUCUAUCUAUAUAUAGACAUACCUAUUUGUUAUGAAAUAUUAAGAAUGGGGGGGUGCUUCUGAUGGCCAACUUUCCCAUGAUGGGACUCUGUUCCUUUGAGAUGUAGCCAACCAAGCCUGGGGUCUGGGUGGCCAAUAGUAAGAUUUAGAACUCUUGAAUGGACAGCAACUCUUCACUGGUUUUAUUCCUGGUAUUUCUAAAGAAUUAUUUUGAUAAUUUUAAUAGAAUAUGUAAUUUUAAAAAGCAAAAAGGCUUAAAGUAGGAUUGAUUACACAAAUAACUAUUUAACCUGUCUCUUAUGGCUGUAUCUAUAUGUAUAUAGACAGUAAUAUAUUUAUAAAAUGGUUGUACUUUGGUUAUGUUUUGGCUAUUAAUUUGUGAUAGAUGGGAGGGUAGCUAUGGGAUAUGUAUGUAUGUGUGUGUGUGUUGAAAACCCUCAAGUGGUUUUUUUCCCCCUGAUUUAAUGGCGUUGACUCCAAAGUAUAUUUGACUUUCACUGUUCUUUUUGCUAACACUUAUACUCAGGUCCCUUAUUCCAGAGACAAUUGGAAUAAGGCCACUCUCUUGGUAUUUGGCAUAUCCAUUUGUUUAUAAUCAAACUCCUGGAGAAUUCCUGGAUGACUGAAAUGAAAAAAUUUAUGGAUAGAGAUAAUGUUUCUGUCCAAAUAGACGAAAGAUGAAUACUGAGCAGUUAAGUUUCCAAGGUAUAUACCAAAAAAUAAAAUGAAGUAUAAAAAACAUGAAUUACAUAUUAGAAUAAGAAAAACCAAAGUAUUAAUAAAAGUAAAGAAACAUACAUAUUAUUUUGGAUUGGUCUGGGAAAGCCCCUAUAGCAAGGGUUGGCAAACUUCUUCUAAAAGUAAAAGAUCAGAAGUAAAUAUUGCAGACUUGGAGAAUCACAUAGUCUCCAGAAACUAUCCACCUCUGCUGUCACAGCACAAAAGCAGGAAUAGCCAGUAGGUAAACGAAUGGAUGUUCCAAUAAAGCUUUAUUUAUGAAAACAAGCAGCAGGCCAGAUAUGCUCUUUGGGCCAUAGUUUGCUGACCCUGCCCUAGAAGGAGGAAAACAGUCAUAUUAAGCAGUAAACCCUGAUAUAUGUUAAUAUAAGAAAGGAUUUCUUUUAAUUGCCAUUAAAAGAAAUAAUUGAUGGCCUUCAAAAGAAAAUUGUGAGACAGUCAUAUUAAAGCCUCUUAAUCCAUUUAUGUUUUUUUACUUGAUCAUACCUUUUAUUUAUUAGAGACUUUUCUUGUGUAUAACCACAAAAAAAGUAUUCCGUAAAAAGAUGUUUUAAUAAGUAUUCUGUUUUUUUUUUUUAAUGAACUUUGCAUUUCCAGUGGUAGAUGGGAAUCCCUAAACUACCCUUUGCCUCAUGGACCAAAAAAUGCUGUUGUAUUUUGAAAAUUAGCAUAUAAUCAGUUGGCCACAAAAUAUCUUAAAGACCGUAUGGAUCAGUUACAGUUCUCUGCUGUUUUUUUUGGCUUCUAAUAAAUGACAGGUCCGCCAUUCUUUGAAAAUGAUUUUAAAGAAGAUAAAUAUAUUACAGUUCCACAUACUGUAGCUUUAUCCUGUGAGAUUAAAACUUGUGACUAGUAUAAUUUUGGCUAUGAUGUGAGUGUGUUUGUUGUAUUGUGACUCUGUAACAAACAGUGUACCCUUGCUUUCUCUGUCCACAUCCUUAGCAUAGAUGUUUUUAGACACUGGUGAAUGAUACUUUUAAUAUGAUCAUGUGUAAUUUUAAAUUCAGUGGAAGUACACACUGCUGAACAUGUUCAUUCUCCACGCUUUAUAAAUUGUGUUGCCUCAAUAACAUCAUAAGAACAUUAAAUCAUUUUGAGUAUUACCAUCUUCUUAAGUAGUUAUACUUUUUUCUUUAAAAAACUGGAAUACAACUCUCUUUUUGAAGUGCUGAUUGUUAUAAAUGAUUACUUUUUUUUCCUUUAAUGCUGUCGGUUAACCUGCUUAUUACUUCUGUUACAAUAAUACUGCUGUGUAGUGAAAAAAAAAAAAAGAUUUUUCCCUAAGGCCAUACUCUUUCAGGUUUUGACCGCUUGGCAGUAGAAAAUGUUUAAGCAUGUUUUCAUCUAGUUGUUUGAAACUAGGAAAUUUUCGCUUUUUAAACCAUGCACCUAAUGCUGGUUUUCUGUCCAAGAAUUUCAGAUGAAUAAGAAAAUAUUCGUUAAAGCUUUUGCCCCCUUUCUUAAAGCAACAUAUAUGUCAAUGGAAAAAGACAUUGAAGUGGUUGGUUUUUAUAAAAAAUGUUGUUUUAGAUUUCCUUCACUUCUUUGAAAUUGUAAAUUUCCUACCUGGUAGGAAAUACCCACAGACAUGCAAACUUCUGCAGAGUGUACCAGAUUGCUGACUUUAACUUUUUCUUUUAGGUUUUUUUCUCCCAGACCACAGUUGUAUACUGGUAGUAGGAUUUCUGAUUUGAUCUCAAGCUUUUUUUUUUUUUUAACAGAAAAAGUAAAGAAUAUGUUUAGAACAACCAUCCGAUAAACUGAUGUGAUUUUAUUUAUUCUGUCUUGUGUGUUUCCGUAAGGGAAUUUUUACAACUCCAAAAGCAGUAGUUUACACCUGCCGGAAACCCGUGUCAAAACAGCUGUGUGAUUCUGCUACUGAGGGGAAAAAAAAAAUUAAAAAGUUCAUUUUUCUUACGGUGGUUCAGUUUUGUUUCAUGAAGAGAUGAACCUCAUACAGCAGAACAGGUGCUAAAAAAUGAAAGCAUCAUCGUUCUCUAGCCCGUGCUUGCCUGCGCUUAGAGCCUAAUACCAUUCCGACUCUUCUGUUGGAUGAAUACAGGUUCAGUAUCAGCAUACCGUAAGUGUUGGAGCCAUAAAACUUCAUAUGAAAAUUGAAAUUAAAUCCUGAAGACAACAAGUCAUACCCUAAGACAUGGGGAGAGUGGUUUCUUUCUCAUCUGUCACUAAGUCGUUUCUGGUGAUUUUGCUUAUCAUCAGCCAACUGGCUGAGACAAUGAUUGUUAACAGGGGCCAUGUCUAGUGAGUUCAUACGAAAUGCUGGAUGACGUUGACGGUGUCUUCUCUGAUUAGGAUGAGUACUGAGCAGUGAGAGGGUAUGCAAAAGAUUUAUAUCGUUGGAUUAGUACUUACUGACAGUGUGCCUUUGGCCAACUUUGAGUACGUUUGUGACAGGCAUUGGGGGCACAGAGAAAAGGUUGGGAAGUCCCUUCGAGGAGCUUACCUUGUGGCUGGGCUAGGAUCUACAGAAGUCAGCUUAGUCAACACGAAUAAGAAGGGCUUUUGAAAAUAGACCGAACAAUCCUAAUUAAUAGAAAUGGAAACUUGUAUUUCUUUGAUAAUCAAGACUGAAAGACUUAAGUCACUGUUGGGAAAUGCUCUCCUUCUGAGAAAAACCUUCACAGACUUGGAAGAGAUUUUAGACUGCUUUCAGGUAUUCAGGGGUAGUGGCUGAACCCCAGACCUGCACAUAUUACUGUGGUAUACACACACACACACAUGCAUAUGCAUGCGUGCAUACAUACACACAAACAAUAUGUAGAAUUUGGGCACAUCACCUUUCAGAGUCUUUUUCAAUCUCAGUUAUAAAAUAAUGUUUCGUAGGUAUGUUGUCAUAAAGUAAAUAGUGGGCAUGAUACUAAUUGUCUUAGUUAUCUAGUGCUACUAUAACAGAGAAAACCCUGGUGGCGUAGUGGCUAAGUGCUGCAGCUGCCAACCAAGAGGUCAGCAGUUUGAAUCCGCCAGGCGCUCCUUGGAAACUCUGUGGGGCAGUUCUUCUCUGUCCUACAGGGUCACUGUUUGUCGGAAUCGACUCGACGGCAGUGGGUUUACUAUAAACAGAAAUACCACAAGUGGAUGGCUUUACCAAACACAUUUAUCACAGUUUAGGAGACUAAAGGUCCAUAUUCAGGGUGCCAGCUCCAGGGGAAGGUUUUCUUUCUGUGUCAGCUCUUGGGGAAGGUCGUUGUCAUCAAUCUUCCCCUGAUAUAGGAGCUUCUCAGCAGAGGCAGGAUCCAGAGUACACACUCUGCUCCUGAAUCUUCUUGCUUGGUGGUAAUGAGGUCCCUCUCCUCUCUGCUCGCUUCUCUUAUAUCUCAAAAGAGAUUGACUCAAAAUACAACCUAAUCCUAUAGAUUGUGUCCUGCCUCACUAACUGCGUCUAAUCCUGCCUCAUUAACAUCAGGGAGGUUUAAGAUUUACAACAUAUAGGAUAAAUGCAUCAGAUCACAAAAUGGUGGACAACCACAGAAAACUGGGAAUCAUGGCCUGGCCAAGUUGACACACACUUUAGGGGGACACAAUUCAAUCCAUGGUGCUAAUUCAAGGAGAGAUGCAAGGACUUACUGGGCACUACUGCAUCCACCUCGUUCUUACUGAAAUAAACAGGGUCUCUUAUGCCUACUCUUCUCAAAAACUAAGGAGCCGUGGUGGCGUAGCGUUUAAGUGCUCAGCUGCUAACCAAGAGGUUGGUGGUUCGAACCCGCCAGUUGCUCCGCGGGAGGAAGAUGUGGCAGUUUGUUUCGGCAAAGAUUACAGCCUUGAAAACGCAGUGGGGCAUUUCUGCUUGGUCCUAUAGGGUCACUGUGAGUUGGAAUCCAUUCGACAGCAACAGGAUUUCUAAAAAACAGUGUCUUCCUAACCCAAUUGUUCUAAGAAUUUUCUAUCAAUAAUUAAUUGUCUGGUUUUGCCUUGAGACUGCUACCAUCAUCUCUUCUGACCGAUGAGGUCUUUGCGUUACAGAUCUUACCAGUUUUCUGCAUGUCUGGUUGCAUGGAUCAAGCUUUAUAUUUUACUAAUGCCUCCCCGUCCCGACAAAUCCCCCCAGGUUCACUUUUAUGCCCUUGUAGGAAUUGAAAAUGCUUCGUAUCAGAUGUGGUCACAAUGCCAAAGUGGCCUAACGAUCUUCGUGAUUUAACAUACGUUCUUUGCCAAUUGUCUUAGUUUCCUCCCGCUGUGGUAACAACACAAAGUGGGUAGUUUAAAGUUCAGAAAUCAUCUCACUGUCCUGGAGGCUAGAUGCCUGAGCUCAGGGCCUUGGCAAAGCUGUGCUCUCUGCAGACUUCAGGGGAAAAUUCUUCCUUGUCUCUUUCCGCUUCUGGCAGCCCCAGGCAUUUGUAAGCAUUCCACGGCUCCUAGAUGGAUCUUCAAAUGUUCUGUCUCCGUAUCUGUUCUCCUCUUUUAUAAAACAGCACUCAGAAGGGAUUAAGACUAGGACCCUUUCCACUCCCCUGUGUCCUCAUUUAAUUUAACUUUAUUAACAUAACAAAAGAAAACUUUGUUUCCAAACAAGGUCACCCUCACAGGCACAAGGGUUAGAAUUUCAGCAUAUCUUUUGCGGGACAGGGAGCCCUGGUGGCUCUAGUGGUAGCUAAGAGCUUGGCUGCUACCAAGAGGUCGGCAGUUUGAAUCCAUCAGCUCCUCCUUGGAGACCUAAGGGGCAGCUCUGCUCUGUCCUAUAAGGUCGCUGUGAGUCAGUCAACUCGAUGGCGAUGGGUUUUGCGGGACAUAAUUCAAUCCAUAAUAUCAGUGCAUAUUUUAUUUCCUCUAGCAGAUUUUCCCCUUCAUUGCUUUUUAGACCUUUGGUUUUCUUGUUAUUUUAUCCCAAAAUUGUAAUUUACCAUUGUCAGAUACUCUUUUUUCCAGAUAAUCGUCCUAAAUUUUUAACUAGGAACUUGUGGGCUUAGACAAUUUAUGUUACCUUUGGCAGCAGAUUUGGUGAUUGAUGUUCAGUAGUAGUUGGCCGGAGGAGCCCUGAUGGCGCAGGAGUUAAGUGUUAGGCUGCUAACUGGAAGGUCAGUGGCCCAUAGGGCACUUUGGAGGAGAAAGAUGUGGUAGUCUGCUUCUAUAAAGAUUACAGCUUUGGAAACCCUAUGGAGCAGUCCUGUUCUACUCUGUCCUCUAGGGUCACUAUGAGUCAGAAUUGACUCCACGGCAACAGGUUUGGGUGUUUUUUGUUGUUAUUCGUGGUAGUUGGCCGGGAACUCAGCAUACCCAAAGUAAGCAUUAGGCAGCAGAGGGUCCCCAGGUCCUUGCAAAGGCUGACCUGAGUGAGAACCUAGAACACUAGAUUAGGCUCCAGGGCUAACUAGAACUAGUACUUCCUUCUUCCACCACCUGGUACCCUCACCUAAAAGGAAAAAGUUAGUACACAUUUAUGAAUUAAGUAAUGUUUGCAAAGGGGACAGUUGUAAAAAGCAACUAUAAUUGUGAGUUUAUCCAAACAAAAACAAAACCCAAUAGUUGGGCCUCAUUAGCUGUCUUAGCUAUCUAGUGCUGCUGUAAUAGAAAUACCACAAGUGGAUGGCUUCAAGAAACAGAAGUUUAUUCUCUCACAGUCUGGGAGGCUAGAAGUCCAGAUUCUGGGCAUCAGCUCCAGGGGAAGACUUUCUCCCUCUGUUGACUCUGUAGGAAGGUCUUUGUCCUCAAUCUUCCCCUGGACUAGGAACUUCUUGGCGCAGGAACCCUGGGUCCAAAGACACACUGUACUUCCAGUGCUUUCUUGGUGGUAUGAGGUCUCCCUGUUUCUCUACUUGUUUCUCCCUUUUAUAUCCCAAAAGAGAUUCAUUCAAGAUACAAUCUAAUCUUAUAGUUUGCCUCAUUAACACAACUGCUGCUAAUCCCAUCUCAUCAACAUCAUAGAGGUAGGAUUUACGACACACAGGAAAAUCACAUCAGAUGACUAAACGGUGGACAAUGACACAAUGCUGGACAUCAGUGGCCUCCCUAAGUUGGUACACAUAUUUUGGAAGGACACAAUUCAGUCCAUAACACUAUCUAAAGGUGUAGAGUUAUCAGCAUUGGACCUCAGUUGUGGAUAUUGUUUGCGGGUCAACAGAGUUCAACAGUUUGUUUGUUUUAAGGUAUUAAAAGGAUUUUAAAAGAAAUCUUUUAGAGUUUUAAAGGGUUGGUUUUUUUUUUAAGAUUUUUAAAAUAACUUUUAAAAAAAUGUUUUCUUAAGUCCAGUCGUUACCCGGAUACAGAGGCUGACU